UUUCUCUUUGAUGUUCUGCAUGUACGUACUUCCUUUCCAAAGCUAACAAGUCUAUAUAAACUCUGCCAUCUCAAAGCCACAAGCAACUCUCUCUCUCUCUCUCUCGUGAAUACAUCUAGCUAUGGCUUCCCUUCAUCACUCCAUGGAACCAUAUGUUGCUGACUCUCAACUGAACUCCAACUCAUCAGCCAGACAUAGUAGCCUCGAAAUCAAAAUUAACCCACUAGAGUUGGAAACCACUCCAACGCCAAACCAUGGAGAAGCAGCUCCUCAGGUUGUUGGAGUUGGACCUCCGUCGAAUGCCAACAACGGCAUUUCCUUGACGUGGGAAGAUUUAUGGGUGACAGUUCCAGAUGCUAAGGGUAGCCGGAGACCCAUCAUUCAAGGCCUCACGGGCUACGCUCAGCCCGGUGAGGUCUUGGCCAUAAUGGGCCCUUCCGGCUGUGGCAAGUCCACUCUUCUUGAUGCCUUAGCAGGGAGAUUGGGAGCCAAUACUAGACAGUCUGGUGAUAUUCUGAUUAACGGUCGCACACAGACUUUGGCUUAUGGAACAUCAGCUUAUGUGACUCAAGAGGAAACUUUGAUCACAACGCUGACGGUCAAGGAAGCCGUGUACUACUCCGCUCAGCUCCAACUCCCAAACUCAAUGACGAAAUCUGAAAAAAAGGAGAGGGCGGAGAUGACGAUAAGAGAGAUGGGAUUGCAGGAUUCCAUGAACACGAGAAUCGGAGGGUGGGGAGCCAAAGGCCUCAGCGGGGGCCAAAAGAGGCGAGUGAGCAUCUGCAUCGAGAUUCUGACGCGCCCGAAGCUCCUUUUCCUCGACGAGCCAACAAGCGGGCUAGAUAGCGCAGCUUCCUACUAUGUCAUGAGCAGAAUCACGAAACUAGAGCAGAGAGAGGGGAGGACUAUCAUCACGUCCAUUCAUCAGCCGAGCAGCGAAGUGUUCGGUCUGUUUACCAACCUUUGUCUCUUGUCCUCGGGUAGAGUGGUGUACUUUGGCCGUGCUAACGCGACAAAUGAGUUUUUCGCAUCAAAUGGUUUCCCUUGCCCUACUCUUCAGAAUCCGUCAGACCACUUCCUUAGAACAAUAAACAAGGAUUUUGACGAGGACAUAGAACAGGGUUCGAAAGGAAAGAGAGCAACAGAGGAAGUGAUCGAAAUUCUCGUAACAUCGUUUAAAUCUUCUGAUGGCUACCAAGAAGUUAAAAGACAAGUUUCAGAAAUAUGUAAAUGGGGUGGUACUGGAUCAUCAAUUGAGAAGAGCAGAAGCCAUGCUAGCUUCUUCACCCAAUGCGUUGUUCUCACCAAAAGGUCUUCUGUCAACAUGUCUCGCGAUCUUGGUUAUUACUGGCUGCGUCUUGCAAUCUAUGUCACCUUGUCGUUAGGCGUCGGCACUAUCUUCUAUGACAUUGGAUCGGGGAACAGUUCGAUCCAGGCCAGAGGUGCGAUGCUCAUGUUCAUUGCUUCAUUCCUCACUUUCAUGACAAUUGGUGGCUUCCCUUCAUUUGUGGAGGAUAUGAAGGUGUUUGAAAGGGAAAGAUUGAAUGGGCACUAUGGUACCACUGCAUUUGUCAUAGCCAACACACUUUCUGCCGUGCCAUAUUUGCUCCUAAUCUCACUUAUUCCCGGAGCGCUAGCCUAUUACCUAAGCGGACUUCGUCCAGGAUUCAAACACUUCUUGUACUUUGAUUUGGUUCUAUUCACCUGCAUGGUCCUUGUAGAAAGCCUAAUGAUGAUCGUCGCGAGCAUUGUGCCCAAUUUCCUCAUGGGCAUAAUCACAGGUGCAGGAAUCCAGGGCUUAAUGAUACUAGGAGGGGGAUUUUUCCGGUUACCAAACGACCUCCCCAAGCCAUUCUGGAAAUACCCUUUGCACUACAUAGCGUUCCACAAGUACGCGUAUCAAGGGAUGUACAAGAACGAAUUUCAAGGACUGACUUUUCCGAGUAACCAAACUGGGCGAAGGGGCGUUAUCACCGGUGAAUAUAUUUUGAAAAAUGAAUUUCAGGUGGAAAUGGGGUAUUCCAAGUGGGUUGAUCUUGGGAUCUUGCUGGGUAUGGUGGUUUUGUACAGGGUCCUGUUUUUGGCGAUAAUCAAGAUUGUGGAAAAUGUGAAGCCUGCCAUUAGCAAAUUCAUGUCUGCGAAGCCUAAGCAGAAAAUACAAGUGAUGGAGACUCCCACUGCUACUCCAAUUCACAUGAAUUAGCUUUCUCACCAUUUCUUCCUUUUUCCGCGUUUACUGAGUUUUCAUGUAAUCAUCAACCUAUAUAUGCAGUCAUUGUACUUGCGUUUUUCUAUAUAGUUAAGUUCGUAGGUUUCAUCUUCGAUUA